ACAUUCUGGCCGCGAGGGGCCGAAUCCCUGAGGCUCACCUCAGCAAGACCAUUUGGAGCCUCCAAGCUGGAGCUGGAACUAGAGUUCCGUGGUGCCGGGGCCACGGCUGCCGGGCAGCGGCUCCUACAGGCCGACGUCUGGGCGCAUGAACCGGAGACGGUGGCGGUCUCCCGGCCCGGCCGGACCCGGGCCGUGCUGCGUUGGUUCACCACCGCGAUCCUGUGUGCGGCCUUCCUGGGGCUGGGAAUGAGUAUUGCUAUACUGGGACCCACAUUUCAAGAUUUGGCAAGGAAUGUAAACAGAAACAUCAGCAGUCUUUCUCUCAUUUUUGUGGGCCGUGCCUCUGGAUAUUUGUGUGGCUCUAUAAUUGGUGGAGUUCUUUUUGAUUGUAUGAAUCAUUUUUUACUUUUGGGGGUUUCACUUUUGGCUACAACAGUUGGUCUUUUUGUUAUUCCUUUUUGCAAGGCAGCAGUGUUACUGAUUUUCAUGAUAUCUGUCAUUGGCGUUUCAAUGGGCAUUCUGGAUACAGGUGGUAAUGUCCUCAUCUUGGAUAUUUGGGGGGAUGAAGGAGCCCCACACAUGCAGGCCUUACACUUCAGUUUUGCCUUGGGUGCCUUUCUGGCUCCAAUUCUGGCUAAAUUGGCACUGGGUACCUCAGUGUCUGCUGAAAACCACACAGAGCCUGCCUUUCAGCCUCCAGCCACCAACGGAUCAUCUGAAGCUGACUCAGCGCCUCUGUUUGGAUUGCCUGAUGACAUGAAUCUAUUCUGGGCUUAUGCUUUUAUCGGCACUUAUAUUUUCAUAGUGUCUGUCUUCCUGUUUACUCUGUUUUUCAAGAAAAGCUCAAGGCAGGAAAAAUCAAAACCAUCUGCUCAGGGAUAUCGAAGAGCUGAAUAUCACAAGACCCUUCUCUGCCUCCUUUUCUUGUUCUUCUUUUUUUAUGUUGGAGCAGAGGUAACAUAUGGCUCUUACGUUUUCUCCUUUGCCACCACUCAUGCUGGCAUGGAAGAACAUGAAGCAGCUGGGUUGAACUCCAUCUUCUGGGGGACCUUUGCAGCCUGCAGGGGCCUGGCGAUCUUCUUUGCUGCCUGUCUACAGCCGGGCACCAUGAUUGUGUUGAGCAACAUUGGCAGCCUGGUUUCAUCUUUAUUUCUGGUGCUUUUCAACAAGAGUCCACUCUGUCUCUGGAUUGCCACUUCGGUGUAUGGGGCCUCAAUGGCAGCCACAUUUCCCAGUGGUGUUUCCUGGAUUGAGCAGUACACGACCAUAAGUGGGAAAUCAGCAGCCUUUUUUGUAAUUGGUGCAGCACUGGGAGAAAUGGCUAUUCCUGCAGUAAUUGGAAUUGUUCAGGGACAAUACCCAGAUUUGCCCAUAGUUCUGUACACCUGUUUGGGGUCAGCAAUAUUCACUGCUGUUAUAUUUCCUGUGCUGUAUAAAUUAGCUACCUUGCCUCUGGAUCACCAGCGAAAAGCUAACAGAAAGAGUGAGGACCAAAAGUCUUUGCUUUCCAACUCUGAGCUAAAUGACUAUGAGGAGGAGAAUGAAGGGGAGGACGCAGAAAAAUGGAAUGAAAUGGAUUUUGAAGUAGUAGAAAUGAAUGAUACAAUGGGGCCUAUUGUCAUAGAACAUUCUGGAAAUAUUUUGAUGGAGCCCACAGCUGAUGUCUCCACCCAGUUCCUAUCAAGUACAUUAAUAUUUAAGUCUUCCCCAGUUAAUACUGGUGAUUCCGCUGUGAAACACUUGCCAGAAGCGUGGAAAAAAGGGACUAACACUUAGAGAAGAUGAAUUAUUUACUGACUGUCGUGAAUAAAUGCCACUUUUAAAGAGGGCAGAGCAGCAUUACCAGAUUUCAGCAUGCUUUGGGGAUCAAAGUUUCAAGGCCCACGUUAGCAAAUGCUGAAGAUUUGAAAUGUUCUAAUUCCCAGUGUUUCCCACAAAGUAUCAAUUGUGUGGUUCAGUAGGACCUUGUUUUGAGACUAUUGUGUAUCAUAGGCUGAUAGGUAAUAUUUUCUUGUGUCUACCUUUCAGAGCACACAAACCCUUUUUUUUUUUCCUUCUUGAGAAGUUGGGUAGUGUUCGACUAGAACAAAAGCCGUUAUGUGUGGGAUGGAUAUUCCAUUCAAGUAUCAGGCAUGUUCUGCCAAAGAUGUUGGGCAGAGAAAUUUCAUGAUUAUCUCUGGAAACAAAUAGUUGUUUUUAUUAAUUGCUUUACCUUAUCUUUAUUGUUGGACCAAAGAUUGUUAAAGACUUAUUUGGUAUUUGAUUUCUAGGCAGAGAACACAAAGCCAGACUCAAGAGACCUGGGUUCAAGAUAGGAGUCUGGCUUAGGGCUCUCAGUAUAGGUCUUGUUUAUGUUAUCACUUGAUCUGUGACUCCAGAAAUGGAAGUGAGAUGAGAUCCAAAUUGAGAAACUCCUAGGUUUUAAAGUUUGUGUAGGAUGACAGCUAACACAUUCUUCAUUUCAAAUGAGAAUUGAAACAAAAAUGGUAAAUGGCUUUAAGUAUGAGCUAUUGUGUAUGAAUUCAUUCCAAUUUCAUACACUCUAUAUUAAAUAUGUUCUUUGGAAAAUAUUCUAAAGAACACUUUUUUUUUUUUGUACUGAAAUUGAACCCAGUAGUGCUUUACCACUGAGCUAUACCUGCAAACCGCACCCCUCCCCACCUUUUUAAAAUUUUUGUGAUAGAGUCUAAGUUGCUGAGGCUGGCCUAGAACUUGGUGAUCUCCUGCAUCAGCUUCUCCAUUGACUGGGGUUACAAGUGUGCACCAUUGUACCAGGCAGGGAUACAUUUUUAAUGCUGCAUCUCAUUGAUCCUAAGAUAUAACUUUUCCCCAUAAUUUAAUGUCUUUUAAACUGCAUAUACUUAUAAUCAAUGAUCUUUUAAUAUUAUGAGAAAUCUUGUUUGACUUUUUUUUACUACAUGCAUAUAUAAAAUAACAUCAUAUUUUACAAUCAGUGUCUUAGGUUCAGUGAUAUGCAGUAAAUAUAAUUAUGGAAAUUAUAUUUGCAGAUAUUUUUUAAAGAAAACUUAUUUUUAUAUGCUAAUUUAAUCUCUAGUGAUGUGUAAAUAGGAUUUGGAGAUACUAUAUUCUGAUAUUAGAAGCUGUUUGAAUUAUUACAUUAGUAGUAGAGGCAUAGAUGGUCUUUUGAGGCCCCUGACCUACCUCAAUAACAGAGGCUGGGUCUAGGUCUUACUGUUUCAAGACUUUGACUCUCACUGGAUUUGGGUGAUAAUCCCAGUAUAAGUACUGUGAACCAGACUAGAAGUUCAGUUUACAAGGAGGCACAGCCUUUUCUAGGGUUUGGAAUUCUUAUGUCACCCACCCAUCCUCUUCCUUGAGUUUGAAACACCUGGGAAUCCAAAGUGAAGAUGAGAAGAUGAAGGGCUGGAGAUGUAGCUCAGUGGUAGAGCACUUGCUUAGCAUGCUAAAGGCCUCCGUUCAAUCCCCUAUACUGGGAUUGGGGGAUGUCAGACAGCAGGUGGCUUAGUGGUCUAGGCAUCAAGGAUGAGGAAGGGAAUUUAUGAGUAUGGCCAAACUGGUGUGUCUAUCCUUCAAUAAAUGACAAGAAUCAAUAAGAGUUUUUGUAUACUUUUCCCUAAGUUUUAUGUUGAGUGACCUCAAAUUUCUACCAGAAUGCUUUCUCUUAUCUAAUGUCUAUAAAUUUGUUUUUGAGAAACAGUUGCUUUGGUUUGUCUUAAGUGAAAUGCAGUACCUUUCUUAACCAGUUUGUUCACCUUAUAGCUUUCAUUCAUGUUGAGAACGCAAGAACUUUGGAGAGGGCUGCUGGAGAAAUUGAUGGUAAAAUACCUGUUGUUUUUUUAAAAUACAGUACUUCUCCCCUGAUUAGUGUUGGAAAUCACUUAUGUUCCACACUCUCUCUUCUCUUUCUCAGGCUGCUGGGCCUUAGGCAGUAGCAGUUGUUUGGCUGAUGAGAGGCUCAUUACUAUAGGGAUUUUCCCCUCAGCUUCUACUUUUAGAGGGUAGGAGAUGAGGCCAUGGGAGAAAUGCAUGGGAAUGAGAACAUGGCAUACAUUUUGGAAAUCCAUAUAGAUAAAUCACUAAGAUUCCACAAACCAAAAUGUGGAUGUUCAUAAGACCACUGGCAUUAUAAAAUUUUGAAAACGUGUUUCCAUAUUGAAAGGAAUCAACUUAGCACAGUCUAAGCAUUAGCAUUCAUUUGAAUGAUCAGUUCUUAGGUGUCUACUGAUAUACAAUAACCAAUAGCCAACUUUUCUAUUGCUGUCUAAUAAAUGACCACAAAAAACAGCAACUUAAAACAACAUACACUUAUUAUCUCACAUUUCUGUGGUUCAGCAAUGUAGACAUGACUUAACUUUCCUCUGCUAUGGGUCUUACAGGGCCGAGACCCAUAUCCCUGUUGGGUAGCAUUUUCUUCUUCGUUGGAGUGUUCAGUCCUCCUUCAAGGCAUGGGGUUGCUUUCAGUAUUUAGUUACUAGCUUGUUGACUGGGUUUCCUGUUUCCUGCUCACAGUCAGCUGGUCCAUUCUUAGGUCCUUCAAGACUCCCACAGUUCCUUGCUAUGUGACCCUCUCAUAGAUCCUCCCACAACAUGGCAGCCUCUUCAAAGCCAACAGGGGAGUAUAUGCACAAGACUAUGGUUUAAUGUCCAGCACCACCACAAAAAACAAAACAACAACAAAAAAGACAAGUGUUGCAAUACCCUCCUGCAAGAAGUGUGAGAUCCAAGAUAUUAUUCCUAAGAUGAUUUUGUUUCACAUGGAUUCAGUGGAUAAUCAGGAUAGCUUUAUUAUAACCAGAACUUUAGAAUCAUAGCAACAUGUCACUUAACCCUGCCACUUUCACAUAUUAAUAAAAGAUAUUUAGAAAUUCUUCAUGUAGCCUCCCCUGUGUGUAAAGGAAAAAAGCAGGCUGAUGAUGAUUGUGAGGAGGAAGAUUUUGGCUCCAAUUCUGAAAGACACUUUGGCUAGUUCAUUUUAGCUAGGUCGAACUUGAGUUGAAUAUUUAUAUAUGUAUAAGUAGCUUCACAUUUAAUGAUUUAAAAUUUUAUAAAUGUGAAUGUUUAUAACCAAGAUUUUUUUUUCUUGUCUGUAAUCCCAGCUACUUGGGAGACUGAGGCUGGAGGAUAACAAGUUUGUGUCCAACCUUGACAACUUACUCAGACCCUGUCUCAAAAUAUAAAAUGGGCUGGGGAUAUAUAACAGUGGUAGCACACCCUUGGAUUCAAUACCCAGUCCCCCAAAAUAAAAUUUUUAAAAACUA